AUGGCCGUCCUGACAUUCACCCUCAGUGAAGAGGGUGUCACUGCCUUUCGAGACGCCCUCAACUGCCUCAGCAAAUUCAGCGAAGAUGUGUCCAUUGAAGCGCGGAAAGAUACUUUCUUCCUCUCUACCAUGAACACGUCCAAAUCGGCCUACGCGAGCUUCCGGUUCGCAACCAACCGCUUCUUUGGGCGCUACCAGUUUCAGGGCUCAGGGCAGUUUCAAGAGAAAUUCUUCUGCUCCAUGUACAUUCGAGGACUGGCCUCUCUCUUCCGCAGCAGAUCUGGCGUGGAGUCACGGGGAGACGUGGACAAGCAGGCCAUCAUUGACCGAUGCGAUGUCGCCAUUGAAGACGGGCAGGGCGUUAAGAGCCGCUUCAUUGCCCGGAUCAUCUUCCGAAACGGACUGACAGCCACGCAUCGACUACCCUUUGAAGUCACCAUGCCCGUGCACGCCAAGUUCAACAGACAGGAGGCUCUCUAUCACUGGAGCAUAUCUUCGAGGACGCUGAAGCAGUUGGUGGACCACUUUGGACCAGGUACCGAGUACCUGGACAUCAACACCGACGGCGACCAUGUCAACUUCACAUGCUUCAGCGAAAAAACCAUCAGCGAUGAUGCGGUCCUUAAGAAACCCCUGCAUACCUCGAUCGCGGUCGAGACAGACGAGUUUGACGACAUCGACGUCGAGGACAAGCUUCAGAUUGUCGUGUCCAUCAAGGACGUCCGCGCAAUCACACAGCAUGCGGCCAUUACCGGCAACGCCAUUGUCGCCCGCUACUCCCUUCCCGCGCGGCCUCUGCAGUUUUCCUACGCUAGUGAUGCCAUUUCCUGCGAGUUCCUCAUCAUGACAGUGGGAGAACGAGGAGGCAACCCCUCACAGAGGACCAAAAAGGGUCGAAAGGGCGCUUCGGCCAAAAACACAAAUACUAUCAACGCUGCUGUGCCGCGCUUGGAAGAGACAUCUCGCCGCACAAGCGCAGCACCCUCACAAACCACCUCCGAGGCUCAACGGCAGCAGGCAGCCACGCCUUCAAUGCCGCCGCCGCCAUCGUCACGCCAGCCGCCGAAUCCGACUCCACGACUGAGCGCUGCUAGAGCCAGUGCUUCGCGCAUCGGCGCGUUCGAUUUUCGGCCCUCGCAGAGACCGCCGCCGCCUACGCUCAGGUCUGAGAGCCUCUUUGUCGAAGACGAGGCGUGGGAGCCAGUGAGGGAUGACGAUGAGGAUGGUGAUGAGGAUGCCAGAUUGGAGUGGGACCAUAGCGUCGAUCCUGUAAGUCCCCCUUUUCAGAUAAUGUGA